AUGGCGCAACAUUCCAACAUCGCCCGGUCGGCUAUCAUGAUGUCGGCCACCUCGCCUGACGUUGGAGAUCAAAAGAAUAAUACUCGGCCCAACGGCGCCACGUCCACCGGGAAUGGCUCGGGAUCGGGAAAAGAAGGAGCCCUGCUGCCUCCGAAAACUGUGGUCAAUCGAGCGCUAGGCAAUGACUUGCAUUCCGAAUCUUCACAGCCGCCCAAGGGUGGAGUCGGAAACACUCUGGCUGACACUCCGGUUUCUACCGCACCCCCGUCUCCACAGAUACUUGGCACUCCUCAGCCUGGCGGAACCCCUAGUCGGGUUCGAGCAACCACUCUUGAUAUCCCCGGAUUGACCAAGUCCAAGGUGUCUCCAGAUGGACGUAUUGCCCAACGUGAUGUCGGCGCAAAGCUGGUCAUUGUCAUGGUCGGCCUUCCGGCUCGAGGCAAGAGUUAUAUCACCAAGAAAUUGGCCCGCUACUUGAACUGGCUCCAACACGACACCGAAAUCUUCAACGUUGGUCAGCGUCGUCGUGUGGCUGCUGGAAAGUCACCGUCGCCAGCCCCUCUUGGCCGCAACCGCAAGCCAAGCGCUAUUCACAAUGAUCUCAUUGACUCAGUGCGUCGAUUGAGUGUCAGCGUUGGCUCUACCUUGAACUCGUCCGAGACCGCCGAACCUAUCAACGAGGCACCACUCCCCCCUCCGGUCCUUCCCGCCAAGAUUCUUGUCAACGGAGAGGAACCAGAGCAUGUCUCUCAAAAUGGAAGCACCGUGGUGCCCUCGAUUGAUGCAGGCCCUGGCCAAUCCCACGAGAAUGAAGAAGCUAUCCACGAAGCUUCUCCCGAGCCAAUUGAUCAGACUGCAAAUUUCUUUGACCCUCAGAACCAGCUUGCUGUCAAGAUGAGAGAGCAAGUGGCGCUUGACACUCUUGAUGAGUUGCUCGAUUACAUUCUGGACGAUGGUGGCAGCAUCGGUAUCCUCGAUGCUACCAACAGCACCAUGGAGCGCCGCAAGGCAAUUGUUGACCACAUUCGCAACCGUGCUGGUCCCGAGUUGAACAUUCUAUUCCUUGAGAGUAGCUGUGUGGACCCGGAUCUCCUUGAGGCUAAUAUGCGCUUGAAGCUUUCUGGUCCAGACUACAAGGGCCAGGACCCUACUGAGGCUCUGGUCGACUUUAAGAAGCGUGUGGCUCUCUAUGAGAAGUCUUAUGUGCCCCUGGGCGAUUACGAGGAAAGGAAUCGCAUGGCCUAUAUCCAGAUGAUUGAUGUCGGUCGUAAAGUGGUCGCCCACCAGACCCAUGGAUUCCUCUCUUCUCAAGUUGUCUACUACUUGCUCAACUUCAACCUCUCCCCGCGCCAGAUUUGGAUCACACGGCACGGCGAGAGUCUGGAUGACGCUGCUGGCCGCAUUGGUGGCGAUUCCGAUCUCAGUGAGAAUGGCAAACGGUACGCGAAGGCGCUGGCUCGCUUCGUUGACCAUCAGCGCCAACAAUGGGAAUCAUACCAGCGGCAGAAGGACCUUCUGAAGCACUUCCCACCGCGCCCUGGUGACAGCACACCUCCCAACCCAUCUUAUAUCCCGCGAGAGGGACCUCGCAACUUCUGUGUUUGGUCUUCUAUGAUGCAACGCUCCGUUCAAACCGCCGAAUACUUCAAUGAAGAUGAAUACGAUGUCAAGCAGAUGAGGAUGCUGGACGAAAUCCACUCCGGCAAGAUGGAGGGCAUGACCUACAAGGAAAUCCAGGAGCAGUACCCCGAGGAGUAUGCCCACCGAAAGAAGGACAAGCUCUUCUAUCGCUACCCCGGACCUGGUGGAGAAAGCUAUCUCGACAUUAUCAACCGAACUCGCGCCGUCAUUGUCGAGGUUGAGCGUACCACCGACCAUGUGUUGCUCGUCAGUCACCGAUCUGUUGCCCGCGUGCUCCUGGCUUACUUCCGUGGCCUGAAGCGUGAUGAGGUUGCUGACCUCGACGUCCCAAUGGGCGUGCUUUACAUGCUGGAACCGAAGCCUUAUGGGGUUGACUUCAAGGCGUAUCGCUACAACCCUGAGAGUGAUUGGUUCGACUAUCUCCCAAAUUACGAACUGCAUCAAGUCCGUUCGCAGACGACUCAUUAG